AGCCUCCACCUCCGUGAUAGGUUACAUACAGUAUGAAUGAAAACGAAAAGUAGAUGGCCCACCGCACUUCGCAUCUAAUUGCUAAGUGGGCUAUCGAUUCCAUUAUCUUAACUUAUCGACCUUCCCUCGCUUGCUUAAGCUGCACUGGCUGGUCUAACAAUCAAUUUAAUAACAUAACAGAAGGAGACCCCAGUCAUCUCAGGUGUACCCUUAAUGCGUCGGGGGAGAACAAGUUGCGCGAAUCCUGAUGUCCUCUAGACUAAACCUCUCGAGAGAUGCAGUGAGGUCGAGAAGAAAUCUUGGCGAAAACAUGUCUCACCGCUAUGACAACUGUGAGCCAGCCCUUUUGUUUGGCGCCGCCCAAAACCUAGCUCUGAAUUUCUUCACCGCAAACUUUUUCUACACUAGAUCCGCUCUCGUACCGGUAUUCGGAUUAGUCCCUACCAUGCCGUAUGACAUCGGUGCCCCCCAAUUCCAGAUAGAGCAUCACAAUCAUCAUUCUCCGGGGGAUCCCGCAAGGGACAAAUCCCGUUUACUGUCUUUUUCAUGGCAAUGUCCUUUAUCGCUUUUUACGCCGGCAGAUCAAAGGGGUGCGGGGUUGCCGAGACAUACCGUACGGUACGAGUACUCGAGUACUCAUACAGUACCUGGGCAACAUAAAAGCAAACAAGGUAUCGGUAUGGAAUGAUUAAAAGAUAUAAAGAUUAGCGAAGGCUAAUAAUCCAGCCAUUCAGACCCCAGCAGGCUGGGCUCGGGGCCGUAACAGCUACCGGUAUCAUAAUAUGGGUGCUUUGUUCUUCUUUUGUGAUUCCUUCCCCUCAUUGUUGUUGUGAGCGCCGGCUGACUAAAGUGCAGAACGAGUACUCGCGCAAGAGUAACAAGGCUUGUACCAGUACGGUCGUAGAAAGGUCCGAAUGGGGGGGGGGGGGGAGCAUGAUACAGUGAGCCAGAUGUCUCUGCGAAAGCGCCAUCCCAGAUUCGCAAUUACCGGUACGGUAGUGGUGACGCUGGGCGAACUGUCUUGCUUCUUGCACACGGGCGCCACAGGUUUGCCGAAUGUUUGAUCGCUCGCCAUAAGAUGGCCUGUCAUAAUCUACGGUGCGGCGGAGCUCAGACGAGUUCCUUCGUGAAAUCCCGGGCCGGGUGGAACGGUUUUCAACCUUGCGAUUGGGCUCGGCUUCAUUUUUUGCGGGGCGGACCCUGCUCUCCCCCCCCGUGGUCGAGGGAGAGGGAAAGAAGAAAGAAUUGCAUCGUGAAAUACGGUACGAAACGGUAUUUUGCUCCUCCCUUUCACUGCCGAAUAGUAAUCUGUAUAUUGCUGGGGUUGAGGCCAGGGAGUGGCAGUCGCACAGCAUGAUACAUAGCGUAUGGCCCUUUUUCUGCCAUGAGUUUUACAACUCGGGAAACCCGCUCGUGAUUUCGGCGAGAGGGAUAGAGAGUGAAAAAGAGACCCAUAUCUGAUAGGCGAGCAUGGGA